AUGUUGUCGAAAGGGGAUGAUAGGAAGAAAAUUACUGAGAAAUCUGGAAAUGGGAGUUUUUUAAAUGACCUUGAAACUAUAAAUAAUGCUAUAUAUACGAAUAAAAUGUGGGAGACAGCUGCAACUUCGACGGUUAGCAGUCAAUCCAAGUCUGUUGGAAAGUUCCAUUCAACUGAACCCAAGAUCAAGAGGAAGGAAUCUAAUAAUAUUAAAGAUUCAUUUGAGGAGAAAAAGUCCAUUUGGAGUUGGAAGAGUCUAAAGGCAUUGACUUAUGCCCGAAACCGGAGGUUCAAUUGUUGUUUCUCGCUCCAAGUCCAUUGCAUUGAGGGAUUACAAGAGUUUUUUAAUGAUGCUAGUCUUGUUGUGCACUGGAAGAGGAGAGAUGGUGAGCUGAUGACACAACCAGUUAGGGUCUAUAAAGGAAUAGCCAAGUUUGAAGAACAGUUGACAUAUUCAUGCCCUAUUUAUGGUACUAAGAAUGGUCCUAAUCGCUCGGCAAAAUAUGAAGCAAAGCAUUUCUCAUUAUAUGCUUCAGUAUAUAAUGCUCCCAAGCUUGAUUUGGGGAAGCAUCUAGUCGAUUUGACAAGGUUGCUUCCUCUAACAUUGGAGGAACUGGAAGAGGAGAAGAGCUCUGGGAAGUGGACAACCAGUUUCAGGUUAUCGGGUAACGCUAAAGGUGCAACUUUGAAUGUCAGUUUUGGAUAUAUAGUCAUUGGGAAUAAAAAGUCAGGGCCUUCCAGCAACAGCAGUUUUUCUGGAAUUCAAAGCUUGAGGCAAAAUAGUGCAAAUGUACCAAAACUCUUAGGGCAAUUUGAUCAAGCAAAUGAACUAGGGAUUCGGCGUGCAGGAAGUCUUCCGGCAAUCUCGUCUGUUUCAUGUCAAUCUUCAGAAUACAUAAAGGAUCUUCAUGAGGUUUUGCCAAUAUCAAAGGCAGAACAGUAUGGUUCAGUAAAUAUGCUCUAUCAAAAAUUUGAGGAAGAUAUGUCAAACGUGUCAGUUCACCCCAAACCAGAGUCCAAUUCUUUUACUGCACCUGUUGAGCCUCUUAAUGAGGAUUCAGUUGAUGUUGGUAAGGAAAGUCCAGAAACUGAACGUGAUAGUGAGUUUUCUGUCAUAGAGGAAGGAGUUGAAGAGUUGACAAGGGAGGAGGUGAAAUCACAAGAUGAGUCAUUGAAGGUGGCUGAAGGUUCUGCAUCAGAGAUCCAUGAAACUGAUAGCACCAUUGAGAGACCAGUUGAUGAGGAUGCCAACCUUCAUCCCUUGGUCGUAGAAACUGGCAGUGAUUGUGAGUAUUAUGUCAUAGAGGAAGGGGUUGAAGCGUUAACAGCGCAGGUGAAAUCACAAGAUGAUUCAUUGAAGGUGGCUGAAGGUUCUGCAGCAGAGAUCCGUGGAACUGACAGCACCGUUGAGAUACCAGUUGACGAGGAUGCGACCCUUGAUACUUUCAUUGUGGAAAUUAGUUGUCAAAAAGAUGAGUCAUCUUUCAAUGACUGCAAUUCUGAAGAGAAUAAAGUGUGCCCCACAGAAUUACUGAUGAAAGAACUGGAGACGGCACUGAUUUAUGCCUCUGAUUUGGUAAAAGAAGAAUUACAUUCUCAAGAAGAUGAAAGUGAUGCUUUAUGCACCGAAGAUCACUUGGAUAUUAAAUCCAGUCAUAGAGAUCAUAAGAAGGGAAAAUCACUUAGCUUGGACGAUGUUACUGAGUCUGUUGCUAGUGAAUUCUUGGACAUAUUGGCCAGCGAGCAUAGUCCAUUUGGUUUCAGUUCUGAAAGUGAGCCUGAUUCUCCAAGAGAGCGCCUACUAAGGCAAUUUGAGAAGGAUGCUAUUGCCAGCGGGAGUUCCUUAUUCAACUUUGAUAUGGACGAUUAUCAAGAGGAAUUUGUUGGUGAUGUUCAAAUGUGUUCUGGGUGGGGAAAUGUCUCUGAGGAAUUUCAUCAUUCAUCAACAGUUGUGAACUAUGAGGAGAUGGCCAAGAUAGAAACUGAUGCAAUGAGGACUAAUACAAGGGCCUCAAUGUUGGAGGACUUGGAGUCUGGAGCUUUAAUGCGAGAGUGGGGACUAAAUGAGAAGGCGUUCAAAAAUUCUCCACCCAAUAGCUUAGGUGGGUUUGGGAGUCCAAUUGAUAUGCCUCCUGAAGAGCCUCCACCGUUGCCUCCCCUUGCAGAAGGUUUGGGUCCCUUUGUUGAGACCAAAAAUGGAGGAUUUUUGCGGUCAAUGAGUCCUGCAAUUUUCAGGAAUUCCAAAAGUGGAGGUAGCCUAAUUAUGCAGGUGUCUAGUCCCCUGGUGGUUCCUGCAGAAAUGGGUUCUGGUGUAAUGGAAAUACUUCAGGGUCUGGCCUCUGUUGGGAUCAAAAAGCUUUCGAUGCAGGCUAAUAAAUUGAUGCCCUUGGAAGAUAUAACUGGGAAGACAAUGCAACAAAUAGCAUGGGAAGCUGUCCCCAUUCUGGAGGAACCCAACAGGCAAGGGUUAUUGCAGAAUGAAUCAGAAACCAUGCAAAACGUACCUGGUGAGCAAAAGAGAGAAGGAAAAACUUCUGGACCCAGGUCGGGUAAGCUCACAUCAAGUUCGAUUGAUAGUGAAACACAAUAUGUAUCCUUAGAAGAUCUUGCUCCUCUGGCCAUGGAUAAAAUUGAAGCCCUAUCAGUUGAGGGCUUGAGAAUACAAUCUGGCAUGUCAGAUGAUGACGCACCUUCAAACAUCAGCCCACAUUCCAAUGGUGAAUUUUCAGCCCUGAAGGGAAAGGCAGACAAUUUUGAUGGCUCCAUAUGUCUUGAUGGGACUGGUGGAUUGCAACUGCUGGACAUUAAGGACAAUGGUGAAGAUGUCGAUGGAUUGAUGGGUCUAUCUUUACCACUUGAUGAAUGGAUGAGGCUAGAUUCUGGUGAAAUUGAUCAUGAAGAUCUCAGCAAUGAACGAAUGUCUAAAAUACUUGCAGCACAUCAUGCUACUUCAGUAGACUUGUUUCAUGGAAUAUCAAAGGUGGAAAAGAGGCGAGCAAAGGGUAGGAAGUGUGGUCUAUUGUGCAAUAACUUCACUGUUGCAUUGAUGGUGCAGUUGCGUGAUCCAUUACGGAACUAUGACCCAGUUGGCACCCCAAUGCUUGCUCUUAUCCAAGUCGAGAGAGUGUUUGUUCCACUUAAACCCAAAAUCUAUGGGAUUGUAUCACAGGUGAGAAACUAUGAAGAAGAGGAAGAAGUGCCCAAGGCUGCUAAAAAGAACAUGAUUGAGGCAGAAAAAGAAGAGGAAAUCCACGAAGAACUCAUUCCUCAAUACAAAGUAACUCAGGUGCACGUUGCAGGUUUGAAGACUGAGCCAGGUAAAAAAACGAAGUUGGGGAGUUCAAAAAAUCAACAAAACUCUGGGUCCCGUUGGUUGCUUGCCAAUGGAAUGGGGAAGAAGAAUAAGCAUCCUAUGAUGAAAUCAAACUCAGUUGCCAAAUCUGCUGCUGUGGCUUCUUCGUCCAUGACAGCUACAGUGCAGCCUGGUGAUACUUUAUGGAGCAUCUCUUCUCGAGUUCAUGGAACAGGGGCUAAAUGGAAGGAACUUGCUGCACUGAAUCCACACAUUCGGAAUCCAAAUGUCAUCUUCCCGAAUGAAAGUAUCAGAUUGCGCUAG